AUGCGGUGGAGUCAGGCACAGGUUUCACUGGCAGCAUCGGAUGUCUGGCAGCCGAGCCAGGAUGAAAAUAGCAGUUCUGCAAUUCAGGAGAGGUGUCACGGGGUGUGUCGGACAGAGCCGAAGGUGCUUUACCUUCUCGCCCUCCCAUGGCACGCGCCCGCGAGAAGGUCAGUGGCGAUUUGCCUCACAGGCCACCUGCGCAGUGGGGCCGGACAGCCCGAGAAUGUCGUCCGACCGCUGCAGCGCACGGUGCUGCGCCCACUUGCUGGAGCAGGCUACGACAUCGACAUCUUUGCUGUCACAGACGCCGGCGAGGAGUGCUCCCGCACUGAAAGUACGCUGGCGGAGUUGGACCUCGCUGCGCUGCGCUGCGUGGACUUGGAGGAGCACGACGAGAAGAAGAGGACUGCCGAGAGCGACUGGUUAGAGUUCGGACCAAGGACUGACUGGCCGCGCGGGUCGUUCCUGGGGCAGAUGAAGAAGGUUCAGAUCUGUGAUGAGCUCUUUGCGGCGACCGGCAAAGACUACAGCUUGGUCAGCCGCUCGCGAAUGGAUGUCUUCUGGCACAGUUUUCCUGCAGAUCCGGUGCAGCUGGAGCUUCCUGGAGUGAUUUGGCUGCCGUGGCGGAGCGGCGAAGUCCAUGCGCAAUACAUCGUGGACUCGUUUGCCAUCGGUUCAUACUCGGCUAUGAAGCCCUACCUGCGUGUCUACGAUGAGAUGCUAGAUCCAGGCAACUGGCCUCUACAUCGCAGCUUUGAGAACUCCUCGGAUGGAUUGGACACCGAGGAGCUUUGGGAGGUAACCCUCUUGAAGGGAGGCAUCCUGGCCAGACAGCAUCUGGACAUUUGCUUCAACUUGCUUGCGCGGAAGUCUACUGAUCCCCUUCUGGAGCGCGAGGACAACUGCAGGCGUUCAGUGCCCUCGCAUCCGAAUGGAUACCUGCUAGACACAAAGUGGUCGGCUUUCCCUUACCUCACUCUUUCCGGCUUCUUCAAGUUCGAUCCACUCCUGAGCGCGCGGCUCGUUCAUCUCUGGUUUGCAGAGUUUGUUCGCAUUGGCCGCCCCAUGAAAGUGAUGGACUUGGGCUGCGGCCGAGGAUUGAUGAUAGAGCGGUGGCUCCAGUACCACCCAACUAGCAUCGUUGGGGUCGACAAGAUGCCAGGACUUCGGCCGGUCCUGGGCAACGACAUCUUGGAGCUUGACCUGACCCAGCCCAUGAAUCCCAGGAGCUUCACCUCGACUCGUGCCUGCACCUUCAGGGAUGGUGACAGAGAUCUGGCCCGACUAGUCGAGGCGGCGCAGGCGGAAGGCUUGGGAAUGCACGAAGUUUUCCUGAGGGUGCUGAACUGCUGCUUCCAGACGCAGUGCGCUGGCUUGUGUAUCAGUCUGGGGCUCGCACCAGUGAGCUUCGAGCAGGCGUCCGAGCUUAGAACCGACGACGUGAUCUCCUUGGCUCGCCGGAAUUCCACUGACCAGAGUCGCCUUGCCUGGGGCGGCCGUGCAGACUGGGCUGUUCUGCUGGAUGUAGCGAGUCACAUUCCUGCACAAGGUCAUCAGCAACUUGCUGCAAACCUGGAUGCAGUCGCGUCCGAAGGCGUGGUGAUUUCUGAGCCCGAGCACCUUGCCAGGGAGCUCGAUGUGUUGCUGGCCUCCAAAGGCUUUUUUCGCGACAGGCAUGUUGAAGAUUUACUGCUCCCUUGGGCAGCUCUCCGCGGGGUUCACGAAGUCUUCUCCAUCAGGGUCUUCCGACGUGCCAAGAUGCACAGCCGCAGGCAAACUGGUUUCCUCUUCGCCAAGCCCACGGACUGCUCUCUAGCCUUGAGGUUUGCUGCGCAAGCUUCUCGCUGCCGCCUGGGGCUGACUUUCGGGUGCUCAAACUCUGAGUAUAUCUGGGUGGCCGAUGGUUGCAGCGGCUGGUUCGCGAGAGGGGGCCGCCAAGCAGGCUGCCUCAGCAAUGUGGAGAACAGAACCGGCAGCAACUGGUCCUACGGCGCGGUAAAAGCCUGGCAGUUCGUCGAGUGCUAUUUGCCUGAGGCUCCGCCGGCGGCGCCCGAACCCACCACACUCUCGGACGAGGCAGAGGGCCUUGGCAUCGAGCUCAUGGAGACGCGAUUUUUGGAACUCUGCGAGUUCGACGAGGACUUCACCAACCAUCACCAGGUGAAGGUUCCACUGCAGCGACUUGGACCAGGGCACUGGGAAAGCGAGGACAUCUUCAUAGGCCAGUAUCCGAUGCUGCAAGUACGGCUUCCCUUCGAUGCGGUAGUGGAUGUCUCUGACAUGCAGAAACCUACAUGGCGGGCCAGAGGAUGGCACGGCCCUGUGUGGCAGCAAGCCGGACGAUGCGUUGCGUGGAACCUGCUGCCUUUCCUCUUCUACAUCAUCAGAUUUGAGAUCUGGGACGCGUCCAGUGCGGAGGGUCUGGCACGACUGAGAUCCGGCAAUAGCAACCGGACGAUGCGAGCUUCGGGAGCCCCGGCCCCGACUCAGACCGAUGACUUUGCAUUAGCCUGGGAGGUCACCGAUGGCUUGGUUCGUGCCAUCGACGUGAGAAAGGGUGGCAUCUUAGAGGUCUAUGACCACCUCGAUCCGGCUUCGCAGUGGGGAGCGGGCCAUGGUGGCAUCUGGCGCUCGGCAGGAUUAGCAUCCAAACUCUUCCGCGGCCGCGCCGAUGCAGAGCUCAAGCUCGUGGAUGACUUCGCGUACCUCCUGCUGGUCGUCCGCAUGUCCACCGCGUAUCUUCUCGGUGAACAUGUGCCCCAGAGCAUGGUGGACGCGGCGCGGGUGUGCAUGACGCGCUAUCAACAAGGGCCAACCAAGCCCUGGGGCUUCCUGGCCGUCAAGUUGCUGGCGCGUGUCAUGCUUGGUGACGAGGACAGGGGCGACAGAAGCGACGAAGAGGAUACAGGUGAAGAUGCCUUGGUGACUGUGACGGAUGCCUCCCACCAGUUCAAGCUGCAGUUCAGCAACACGCCACUGGGCCGCUAUCUGCACCACGCAGCCUCCUUUGCGAGUUCCGACUGA